UCGAAAAACAUUUCAAUAAAAGAACGAGAAUUAAUUAUUAUAUGCAAAAUUUUAUGUGUAUAGAUUUAAGGAUUGUGUGAACAAUAAUAAGGCCCUUAGAUAAUAUCAAGAUAAAGUUAACGACUCUGCCGAGUCAAGAUCAAACUACAGAUUCCGUUCACAUAUACCCGAGUAGUUUUGGAAGAACUUCGCCGGAGAGAAAUUCAGCCCAGACAGCAUCAGACAAUCAUCAACAACUAAAAAGAUGUCCCAGACGCUCGCCUACAUCGUGAUAAUCGCUCUUGUUGCGAAUCUCUUAUCAGUUUCCGGCCUGCGCUGCCAUCAGUGCAACUCACACGAUAAUGACGACUGUGCCAGCCUGGUGGUAAAUACGCCGCGCGCCCAGCGGGACGAUCAAUAUUUAAGGGACUGUGCGCCCAAGGGCGAGGAGCAGGCGUUCUGUCGCAAGACAAUCAUUCAGCUGGAAGUGAAUGAGGAGCGUCGCAUCGAGCGCAGCUGCGGCUGGAUACAGGAGAAAACGCAUAAUGCUUGCUUUACGGCCGAUAAUGAGGGCUACAAGCAAACCAUUUGCACCUGCAGCGAGGAGGGCUGCAAUGCGGCGCCAGCUUUGGCCAGCCCCGCCUCCUGCCUGACCACACUGCUUAGCCUGGCCGCCUCUCUCGGCUGUUUGCUGCGACGCUGAGCGGCCAAUUCCAUCAAACAUUCGAACAGUUGCACUAUCCAUUAGCUUAACAAUCUAUCUAUAUAUAUAUGCUGUGUGCUUUAAGUAUGUAGUCCAUGUUUGUAUGGGCAUUUCAUAAUUA